AUGAAAAAUUUCCACUUAUUGAUUUUAUUAUUCUUUAUUGUAAGUUUACUUGAAAUAAAUGCACAAUGGUUUAUUAUAAAAAAAGAUUAUCCAGCACAUUUAAUGAACUAUCCAAAUCCUGGUAAAAGAAGUUUAUCAGAAGAUGAAUUAAAUAUUGAUUGUUCUAUUCCUUAUUCAUAUUUAAAUACGUAUGAAGGAAAAACUGCAUGGUUAUUAUCAUGUAAUGAUAAACAAUCAUCAUUGACUUCCAAUUAUAUUGAUAAUGAAUUAAAUUAUAUUCCUCAAUUCAUCUAUGAUACACGAAGGACUCAACAUUCUAUUCCAUCUUCUAUGAAUGAACAACAAAAUCUCUUCAAUAUAAAAUUACUAAAACGAUUACGUCAAUCUAUAAAUAAAUAA